UAAAUGCGUGCGAAGACGCGUUUGCAGAAUCAAAGUUCCCCCUAAAGACAUCAUUGAAGAGAACCUCAAGGAGCAAAGACAAUUUCUACAGAUUCCAGUUCAUCUGCUCUGAUCUCAGACUUCCAUGAAGUUUACUUCAUAGCGGAAGAACUUUUUCUCUGCGACUACUACGGUACUGGUGCACUCCCAUGACCCCUGCGCCAUAUGCAACCAAUAAACCAACAGGGCCGCCAAAAAGCAAUCCACCCGCUCCAAUACAUGCAUCUUGUGGACCUGAUAAACAGAUGUGCCGUCAGAGGAGAAAGCAACUCAGCAAUAGUCACUGGACCGCAUGGGAGCGGUAAAACAAUGCUUGUCUCUAGCGUCUUGAGAGAGAUUGAAUCCAAUCCCAAAGUCAGUAAGAAUCUUCUCAUCAUUCGUCUGCAUGGACUCCUGCAGACCGAUGACAAAAUUGCCAUACAGGAGAUCACCAGACAACUGCAACUUGACAAUGUGGUCGGCGAUAAAGUCUUUGGCUCAUUUGCUGAAAAUCUGGCGUUUCUCCUGGAGGCAUUGAAAAGUGGUAGUGACACAGCACAGUCAGUCUUAUUCAUCUUGGAGGAGUUUGAUCUCUUUGCCCAUCACAAGAACCAGACACUGCUGUAUAACCUGUUUGACAUCUGCCAGUCAGCACAGACACCCAUAGCAGUCAUUGGUGUCACACGCAGAUUGGAUGUUGUAGAACUCCUGGAGAAACGAGUCAAGUCCCGCUUCUCCCAUCGUCACAUCCAUGUCUUCAACUCGCUCGCCUUCCCUGCUUACAAGGAAGUCUGUAAGAGGAUGCUAACACUACCAGCAGAGGUUGGGGACGCAAAGUUUGUCAAACGCUGGAACCAAGAUAUCGAGGCAUUAUGCAGCAAUGCAACAGUCCACGAUGUUCUCAAGAAAACCUACCAAUUGGACAAAAGCAUCUGCAGACUUCAGUCACUCUUGCUUUUACCAAUCUGUAAAGUGACCGAGGACCACCCAGGGAUAGAGGCAGUGGACCUAGUGGAGUCCAGUAAACAUCUUGGUGCUGAUUCUAAGGCGGCCAUGUUGCAUGGCAUCUCUGUGCUGCAGUUGGCGUUAGUCAUCGCUAUGAAACACUUGACUGAUUUGUAUGAAGGUGAUCCGUUCAACUUUGAAAUGCUGUAUAAUGAAUACCUGAAGUUUGUGCAGAGGAAAGCUCAUGUCGUCCAGAGUUUCGAAAAACCAGUCGUUUUAAAGGCUUUUGAACAUCUCGUUUCAUUGGAGAUUGUGAAGCCAGUCGACGGACACGGUUCCCGCUCCCAGAAAGAAUAUCGGGCGAUGGCCUUACUGGUCACGUCGGCACAGCUCAUGGAUGUGCUCAAUACCUACCCGGGUUGUCCGAGCGAGUUGAAACAUUGGGCCUCCAAUCCUCUACCUUCAUGAUCUUAGAUCAGCAAUCUCUUGUGAUUCCCCAAGACAAGAAGUGACACUCGUGUUGUUCCUCACUGCAGCUGAAAAGUAUGCCAUGCACUUCACAGGAUGACUGAGCAAAACUGACACAUUUUGCCUGAAACCCUCAAUGUCACAGUUGACUCUCGCAUACGCAAACUCUAUCACAACAAAAUGUGGAGUGCCGUGGCCUAGUGAUCUGGAGCAUCAAACUCAUAGCCUGCGGGUUGGGUAUGGGGGUUGAGUCCAGCCUGGGAUUGUGGUGCAUAUGUCCUUGGGCAAGACACUUUACGCGCAUGGAUGUGCACAAUGAAUGGGACCAUCGAUCGCCUGUCUGCCUCAGGCAAAAUUUGGACUUAAACAUUUUGCUAGGUCUGACUGCAUGAGUUUGAAUUUAUAUAUGGACAGUAAUCCCUUCUGAUUUGAUGAGAUUCCUUAUAAACAUUCCCAUGCUCUGGAGACUUGACCAGAACUCCAGUAGUCGUUUAUGGUACAUACAGGAUUCUUCCUGAAUCCUUAAAAAUUCUUUAAUGUGCUGAAAGCCAGUGGAAGCAUCCGGUUUACCUAAAGUUGGACAUCAUGUCUCACAUUAAGUAUAACUAAUAGUAUUAAGUAAAGGAUCAACCAAUCCUAUGGCGAGUUUGCCUCAGACCUCAUACGCAACCACCAAAUAAACUACUUCUGAAUUCUCCGUAA